AAGGGUGAAGUUGAAGGAGUCACUGACAAAGUGACAAUGGAAUAGAUGGAAUAGAGUUAUGUAUGGAAAUUUUGAGCAUUGACUUGAUGACUUAUGUGUGGAAAUUUUGAGCAUUGACUUGAUGACUUAUGUGUGGAAAUUAUUAUUAUUCAUACAUAUUCAUUUCAUCAUAUAUCAAAUGUUUUCCAAGCAAAGCUAAGCAAACCAAACCUAACAGGAAGUUUAAUGUUGUGAGUGUCUCUACAAAGCCACCAUUAGCUGCUAAAAUGGAGUGUUGGGCUUGUAGUAAGCAUAAAUCAUUGCUAUGUUGGCUGUUGAUGUUAAUGAUGAUACAUAUUCUAAUAAUGGCUGGGCAUACACAAGGGGAUUGCGUAGAAGAGGAGAGAAAGGCACUACUGGAAAUCAAAACCUCCUAUAUGAAGUCAUAUGGUUCUGAAAUUGACAAUUUUCUCCCUACCUGGGUUGAUUAUGGUGGUGGUACCCCUGGGGAUGGUGGCAGCAACUGCUGUGAUUGGGAGAGGAUCAACUGCAGCACAACAACAGUGCAUGUGACAGACCUCUCUUUGUACAAUUUAAGAGGGGUGAUAGGGUUCGAUGCUUACUGGUAUAAGGAUGAAAGCAAGCUGUGGCCAUUGAAUGUUUCCUUGUUUCUUCAUUUUAAAGAGUUGACAAGUCUCAAUUUGUCACAGAAUUCUCUUGAUAAAGAGUUCAUGAAGUCAGGGCUUGAAAGGCUGUCGAGUUUGAAGAAGUUGGAGGUACUAGACCUUAGUGGGAAUCGUGAUAUCGAUAACGACAUCCUUCCAUCAUUAAAGACACUCACUUCACUCAAAGUCUUGGAUCUUAGCGACACUAGCUUGAAUGGAAACUUCCCUACCAAUGAAUUUGGUGCUUUAGAGAACUUGGAGGUGUUGGAUCUAAGCUAUUGUCGCUUCAAUGGUACCUUUGAGGUUCAAGGUUCUGAGAGGGUUUCCAUAUUGAGGAAAUUGAAAAGUUUAAAUCUUGCGGGCAACUGGUUUAAUGAAAGCGUCAUAACAUCUCUAAAAGCCCUUUCAUCGCUUACAAACUUGGAUCUUAGCUACAAUCAAAUGCCGGGACCAUUUCCAGCUCAAGAAUUAUCACAUCUCACUAACCUGGAGGAGCUGGAUUUAAGUUCUACCCAUCUCAAUGGCACACCAAAUAUCCAAGAUUGUAAGACCUUAUCGAGAUUGAAAAGGCUGAAGAGUAUAAAUCUAUCAGAUAACAAUUUCAACAAGAGCAUCAUAUCAUGCCUAACUGCCCUCCCAUCCCUCAAGAUUCUUGAUCUAUCCUUUUCAACUUCACUGGGAACUUCCUUUCCUGUCCAAGAAUUCCUUAAUUUGUCUGAUUUGGAGGUCCUCCUCUUGAGCGGUAAUGGUUUCAAUGGAACAAUACCAAUUGAAGCUUUUGCAUCUUUUCACCAUCUGGAGGUCUUAGAUUUGAGUUGGAACAGUUUUGUUGGGAGCGUCUCAUCAGCAAUACAGGCAUUAUCAUCCCUAAGAGCUCUCUCAUUUGCUCGCAAUAAGCUCAACGGCUCAUUACCGGAUCAUGGGUUGUGUGAGUUGAAGAACCUCCAUGAGUUGGAUCUUAGCAACAACAUGCUCCAUGGAACUCUGCCUCAGUGUUUGAAAAAUCUAUCAUCUCUUAAGUUGUUGGAUAUUUCUUCAAACCAAUUCUCAGGGAUACUUAAGCCAUCCCUCAUUGCUAAUCUUACAUCUCUCGAGUAUAUUGAUUUUAGUCAUAACAAAUUUGAAGGUUCAUUCUCCUUCAGCUCCUUAUCCAAUCAUAUAAAGCUUGAGGUUGUUCGAUUCAGAAUCAGAAGCGACAAUGACAAGUUUGAGGUGGAAACAGAAGAGCCUAUAGGUUGGAUUCCAAUGUUUCAGUUGGAAAUUCUUGAGCUAUCUAAUUGUAAUAUGAAAAUGCCUAAAGGACAUGUCACUCCUGGGUUUCUAGUUCACCAGCACAAGUUACGGCAACUAGACAUGUCACAGAACUCCUUGGAGGGACACUUCCCAAAUUGGUUGGUUAAAAACAACACGUAUCUGGAACGUCUUGUUCUAAGGAACAACUUGUUUGUCGGCAUGCCUUUGUAUAGGAAUGCUAAUAUGAAGUGGUUGGAUAUGUCUGGAAAUGGCAUGAUAGGUACUAUUCCCGACAAUAUACCAAGGUUCUUUCCCAACAUAAUGUAUUUGAAUUUGUCCAUGAAUAGUUUAAGUGGUGUUAUCCCAUCCUCAGUCGGUGAAUUGAGUGAAUUAGUGAUGCUGGAUUUAUCACACAAUGAGUUAUCAGGAGAAAUACCAAAGGGGUUGUUUACAAAUGUCUCUCGGUUGGAUUUCUUAAAACUAUCAAACAACAAAUUGCAUGGCGAGGUACUCUCAGGAAGCUUAAGCUGGGCUCGACUCCACAUUGUUUACUUAGACAGCAAUCGUUUCACAGGGAAGAUUGGAAUUAAUAGCAGCAAGGAAACUCAUGAAUCUCUGAGCGUUCUGGAUAUUAGCAAUAACUUGUUUACAGGCAUCAUCCCUGAUUGGAUAGGCAACAUGAGUAGCUUGUCUGAAUUGGUGGUGAGAAAUAAUAGUUUCCAAGGCCCGUUUCCUUGUGGAGCAGCUCCAUUUUCAUUUCUUGAUAUCUCCCAUAAUUCUUUCUCCGGACCCAUCCCGUCCUGUUUGAAUUUGCAAGACAUGGAGCAUCUUCUUUUGGGUUCCAACAAAUUCAUUGGAUCAAUACCCAAAUCCUUUCGUAAUUUGACUCAGGUUUUGACUUUGGACAUUGGCAACAACUACUUGUCAGGCAGGAUUCCUACAUUUCUUGGUGAACUAUCCACUUUAAGGAUUCUUCUUUUAAGAAAAAAUAACUUGAGUGGCUCUAUUCCGAAGCAGUUGUGUCAAUUAAGUAAAGUGAGUUUGUUAGACUUAUCUGGUAACUCACUUUCUGGUUCAGUACCUAGCUGCCUUCAAAAUAUUACCGGCCCAACCGACCUUGCUUUCCUAAAAACUGUCAUGAUAUGGUUUUCCUUUGGUUCCUCUUGCAAUUACGGGAGGAUUCUACAGCAGUCGUUUUCUAGCAACUCCAAGUUCUAUGCAUUCGAAACAGAUGAUGAAGUUGAGUAUACAACAAAAAGGCUCUUUCUCAGCUACAAGGGAGACAUACUUGAUUACAUGGCGGGAUUGGAUUUUUCCUGUAACAAGCUAACAGGUGAAAUCCCACAACAACUUGGAUUCUUAACCCAACUUCGUGCUUUAAACCUGUCUCACAAUCAGCUGACUGGACCCAUUCCUGUGAGCUUCUCAAAUCUUACAAAAAUAGAGAGCUUGGACCUUUCUUCAAAUGGUUUGACCGGCACAGUUCCAUCACAACUCAUUAAACUGACUUUUCUACAAGUAUUUAAUGUUUCUCACAACAAUCUAUCAGGCAGACUCCCAGAAUUUACUGCACAGUUUAGUACCUUCUCGGAGGCAAGCUAUGAAGGGAAUCCACUUCUUUGUGGACCACCACUCGUGAAGAAAUGCACAACUACUAAUUCACAGCUGACCAAUCCAUCAGAUGAAGAAGAAGACCAUGAGAAAUGGUAUGAUAUCGAUAUGGCAUGCUUCUACGGAAGUUCUAGUUCCACAUGUUUUGUCUUCUUAUCGGGAUUUGUUGCAAUUCUUUACACCAAUCCUUGGUGGCGUAGAAGGUGGCUAGACUGGGUUGAAGAUUGUAUGUUUACAUUUUAUUACUCCCUUUCUGAUCUGGCAAGGAAGCCUUCCCUGACCAUUCAUAAGCAGGACCUCCAUUAGAAUGCGUGAUAAAAUAAAUGCAAACUUGUUUGUAUGUGUAUUCAUAUGUAUGAUGAUGUAUAAAAAAAGAUUCUACUAA